UUUUUGUGGGCGCUGAACCGGGCGCCCGAGCGGCCGCAGCAGGGGAAUGUGAAUUAGCGCCCAAGGUCGCCCAACGGGGCUUUUUUUCUGUGAAGUGAGGGGGAGGGGUAAAAAAAAAUUCAAUGCGUGGCAGAAAGCCGGCCACUCGCCCUGCUCGGCAAUAGGCAGUCCACGCUUCCACGCAAGCACAGGCAUGCCGCCGCUGGGUUGGACUGCCGAUUGCUGCAGGUAGCGAGCAGGGCAUUAACCGGCAGAAGAAAAAAUUGACAGGGUGGCGAAUGUGUGAGAUGAAGCAUGUGAAGCAUGAACCGCCAUCUCUCGCGCUCCAUCCUCAGCAUCGGGAAAAUGCCAGGACUGAAGCCGAGGAGAGGCAGACAAGCCAAAGUAUGCAAAGGAGGCGCUGGAUCGGGGCAAAGAUACUCACUUGGUGGGGACAGCCUGGUCCUCGAUGCGACCGUUGAUGAAAGAGGCCAGCUCGUUGGCAGACUCCUUGAUGGCGGAGGCUUCCUUGGACACGGUGAGCUUCUGGAAGAGCUCGUCCAGGACCUUGAUGCUCUGAGCGUUCUCGGUAGGCAUCUUGGCGGAUGUUUGGAUUUUUUCUUUUUUUGGAGGGGUAUUAGGAAGAGAAAGUCGGAUCGUCGUGAAGCCCACAGAGAUCGAUGGAGGGGUCGACUCUGUUGUUAUCGGCGGGGUGACGAUAUGGUGAUCCUCUGGAGGAGGGGCCGGGUUCGUUCAGUGGAGAUAAUCCAAGGAACAAAACGCGCGAGCGUCGAAGAGAAAGGUUCGUCUGGAGGAGGACGACCGUAGAGAAAGAUGGAUGGGGGAGGAUGAGAUCGAAAGGAAGAAGGGAGGGAGAGGGGAGAAAAGCUCGGAGAGG